UUUCUCUCUCGACACUCUAUCCGCUCCAAUUCUUACAAAAUCGAUUGUAAAGGAUGGAGGACUGCCAAUUAAGCUCAAGUAAAUUGCCGUCAAUGGAAGAUCCAAUUGAGUCCUCUAAUGGAGAAGUUGAAGCUGUGAACGAACAAUUUUACGAAGAAAUUGAGGCACCCAAGUUCGUCGACUUCACCGCUCCGCACCAUUAUUGCCCCGAUGAUCGCUAUUGGUUUUGUCUCCGCGUCGGAUGUGACCAGAAACACGAGGAAGAAAUGGAUUCAGAAACAAUCUACAAGAAUUUUGUUCUUCGGGUCAUGGCAGCUAGGAGUCCUAACAUAAGGCUUCGAAAAGCACUUGAUAGAAAUGCUUCAAGAUCACCUUCCAAAUGCCCACUUUCAGCUCCUCCCAAGCCUUCACGUCCCAAGCUAUCAAAUAUGGCUAUUAUAUCAUCCAUUUCUAAGAAGACAGAUGAUAGCCAAAAAGGGGUUGUUAGGUCUCUUUUGAGGCCCAAACCAACCACACCUAUGCUUAAGACAAAACCAGUUGCUGCUAAGUAUCUUACAACUCCGAGGAACAGAGCAACUGUGGCCAAUCAAAGUUCAUUUCGAAGUGUUCAGAAUUCUAAACCAGGGGCUGUUGAAAUGCCGAAAAGUAGAGCUGUUGCGAAGGCUCUACUGUUUCGCUCUCCAAGGAAGACCAUCAAGGUGAAGACUUCAGUAGAACUUCGCACGCCAAUCUCAAAAUUGUGUGAAGGAAUGAAAAGGCUUGAUAUUUCAAGUCAGAGGAAGCGUGCAUUGGGCUAUUCAAGUAAACCUCAUACAAAGUUAAGAAGUCGUACGGAUCAAGGAGAGCCUAAUGGAUCAUUACUUCCUUCUCAACUUUCCACGAAUCAAGAAGCUAAAUCUGGAAGAUCUGCUAAAGGUAAAGUGAAAGGAAAGUUGGAAAAACCCAAGAAAUUGUUGGGAGAUAGUUCCACAAAUGGAUCAAAGAAGAAAGAAUCAAAAAACAGUAAACGGUUGUGUGAGAAAGUUGUGGAACAAGUUGCAACAUCAACAAAAGAUUCUGAAUUGGCAGUAACAGAUGUUGUCAAAAGGGAAGGAAAUGAAAAUUUGGGAUUUCAAACUGAAGGACAGGAAAUUAAUGUCAAUGGUGAGAAUGGAAAAGGCAACUCAGAAUGCUGCGGCGAACUCGCAAAUAGUAAUUCUCAUGAAGAGCAAAAGAAUGAGAAUAAGUUUGUCGAUUGGGAUGACAAAGAAAAUGCUGCAGAAGAUACAACUAAUUCUUCUGAUCUGCAGAAACAUGAGCACAAAUUUAUGGAUGGUGAAGACAAAGAACAUUCUGCAGCUUCCAUUGAAAACAGCAUGAACAACAAGAAUACGACACCAAAUGUAAAAAAAUCAUUUCCAAUGCAUGCUAAACACCUACAAGUAAAAGAAGAGAUUGCUGAAUCCAAGAAAAAGAAUUUGAAGGCUGUUACGAUUGCAUCUAGUCCAGUGUGCAAGCUUAAGAAACCAAAGCCCACAAGCCUGAAACCUUUUCGACUAAGAACUGAUGAGAGAGGAAUUCUUAAAGAAGCCAACUUGGAGAGAAGAACAGAUAUUCCAAUCCCUCAAAACGGAACUUCGCAUUCGAAUGCACCAAACACUAAGCUGCAGCAGAGUGAGAGGCGCGGUAGCAUCCAGAAAAAGAAAGUGAAUGCAGACCAAAACCUCGUAGCCAAAGGAAGACUGCAAAAAUCGGAAGCUACUCACGCAACACAGGAAGAUAAUAAACACAAGGAAGCCAAGCCAAUGAGCUCACCUCUUGAAAGAUUGGAGAAGUUUAGAAAAAUGAAAUCUCCUAUUCAGAAAUAUUUGAUCAGGCCUCAAGGGUCUCCAUCAGCCAAGAAAGAGAUGAAUUCUUUCCUUAUUCCGGGUCAAAAACUUGAUGUUAUACAUGAAGUUUCACCUGAAGUUUGGAAGGCUGUAAAACCAAGUGGGAAUAAUCCCCCAGUCGACGACUCUUCUUCGCGGUCAUCGUCGUGUGGAAAACGAUCUGUUACAGUUGGUAGAGAACCAAACUUCUUCCACAGCAAACAUGCACCCAAGAGUUGCACCAAGUGCAGUAGGUAGCCAUUGCUUGGAUACAAACAUUUUUUAUUUUUUGGUUUGUUUGAGAGAUUUUGUGUUCAAUUAUUUAUUGAAUUAUAUUUGUUUCCUUCUCCUGCCUGCUUAAAUAGUUUGUAUUUGAAUUUCGACUUUUUCUCUAGUAAAAUUGUUUGAAUAGA